UGAUCCUGAUCCUGAUGGGGAAAAAUGCGGGACAACGUCUCCUGGGCAACCCCUGACUUGUUUUCUCUGGCUGUCGCGGGGCAAGUUCUAGGGAGCAGGAAAGAAGCAGCACGGACCCGUCAUCAGAAAUAUGGCCCGGCAGCCUCUACCCAAGAAAAUGAGCUGGGUCUGCCUGGUGGGGGUUGUUCCACGACAUUCACCAGAGGAGGAUGCCCUGCCUUCACACACUCAGCUUCAAAGAAGGAACUUCACCCUAUAAAGCAGAAGACUUGUUUUUUUUUUUUUUCUUUUGCGGUUUCUGGUAGCAAAUGUGUGACCGUCUCUGCUUAUAGACGUCAGGCAAUGAGGAGUGAGUGUGGCUUGGAUCCCAGCUCUCCCCUCCUUCACCCCUUUCCUUCUCUUCUAGUCCUUUCCAGAAAGUUCGCCAGCUGGGAGAAUCAUUCUGACAGUUUCCUGUGCUGUCAGAUAGCUCCAUAGAACUCCGUUUCUGAGAACCAGCCAGAGGCAUGCAGUGACAUUGCGCAACCGCCUCUAAGCGGAGCUUAUCACCCGUGGGGCUCCAAGGCGCGGCUCACACCAGCAGCAUGAAAGGAGCAGGCGGCCCAGACGGAGCGCCCAAGGCGCUCCUGGCCCGGGCGCUUUAUGACAACCACCCUGACUGCUCCGACGAGCUGGCUUUCUGCAGAGGAGACAUCCUGACCAUUCUGGAACAGGACGUGCCGGAAAGCGAGGGCUGGUGGACGUGUCUGCUCCACGGGAGGCAAGGCCUGGCCCCUGCCAACCGCCUCCAGAUCCUCGAGGAGGCCCCCGCAGACGGGCCCUGUCCCCCUUUCUUCGGUGGCCUGGAAGAGGCUCCCGGCCGCUCCCAGGAGAACUACGAGGUGCCCAGCCCCCCGACGCCAGGCCCCGUGUAUGAGCAGAUGAAGAGCUGGGUGGAGGGGCCCCCGCCUCCCACGGUCCAGAUCUACGAGUUCCCUGACCCACCCACCUGCGCCAGGAUCGUCUGUGAAAAGACCCUGAGCUUUCCCAAACAGGCCAUCUUCACGAUUCCCAGGGCUGCUCGGACCUCGUUGCCAGCUCUGCCUUGCCAGGUGUAUGAUGUACCCGCCCAGAGCCGGUGCCCCCCAGCCUCAAAGGAACCAGGGAAGCAGCAGCUCUAUGACAUACCCCCCAGCCGCCAAAAGGCCACCCUCGGUCCCCUGAGCAGCCAAGCAAAUGGGCAGAAUGUUCCUCUGACAUCAGCCACUGCCUUAAGGAGGGGCGGCUGCAACACGCUACCAAACCCUCAGAAAUCGGAAUGGAUCUAUGACACGCCGGUGUCUCUGGAAAAGGCUGGUGUUCAAAAGGCAUCGCUGGCCAACUCUGGGGAAGAAUUAGGGCACCGCGGCCUCCCCAGGUACAUGUCCAGUUUCCACAGCCCUCCCAACAGCAUCGCAAGGUCCCACCCUCCACACCCGCAGAAAAAUGGUCCCAUGCAGAAAAAACUCAGCCUUCCAGAAAUUCCUUGUUACAGCUUCCCGCCGCCCAAGUGCAUGUUCCCUUUGGAUGAAAGUGUCAGCUAUAAGGUCCCUUCGAGCUUUCUGAUCCCCCGAGUGGAACAGCAGAACACCACGCCCAACAUUUAUGACGUCCCCAGAGCAAUGCCAGAUGUUCCCCAGGCGGGGAAAGAGCUGGGAAAAGCCGGCGGGCCGUCAGAGAAUUCCGUGGACCACAGUUCCUCGUGGUUCUGCAGCCGGGCAGCAUCGCUCUCUCCCGAACCCGACAGCAUCUCCGUCUCCAGUUCUGACAGCAGAGCCAGUGUCCUUUCCUCCUGCUCCUCCACGUCCACCGACUCCUCCUCCAGCUCCUUCUCGGAAGAGGCAGCCAAAGAGCUCCCCUUGGACCUGGACUCGGCCAAAGAGACGGUCACGGCUCUGCAGCACAAGGUGGCCAGCUCUGUGUCCAGCCUGAUGCACUUUGUCAGUAGGAAGUGGAGAUUCAGAGACUCUCUGGAGGCCAACAUCGACGCCAUCCGCAGGGCCACUGACCGCAUAGAGGAGUCCUUGAGAGAAUUUCUGGAUUUCGCCCACGGAGUCCGUGGGACCGCGGGCAACCUCACCGACAGUAACCUUCAGACCAAGAUUAGGGAUCAGCUACAGACAAUCGCCAACGCCUACCAAAUCCUGCUAGAAACGAAGGAGCGCCUGGAGAGCUGCGGCUGGUCCCUGGAAGUCCUUGCAACUGACAAAGUCCAAAACAGCCCGGACGACCUGGAGAGGUUUGUCCUGGUGGCCCGGACGGUCCCUGAAGACAUCAAGAGGUUCGCCUCCAUCGUCAUCGCCAACGGCAGGCUCCUUUUCAAGCCAAACUGUGAGAAGGAAGAGCCUGUGCAGUGGACCCCAAAUGCAGAAUUUAAGCUUGCGAGACGCAUCCAGCUGCCCCAAAAGGAGGGCGAAUCAUACCAGAGGAAGGCUCCUUUUCAGAAACAAAGGGCAAGUGAACAGCCUCCUGAACUAAUAGAGAAAAAUAAGACGAAUGCCUGUGGACAGAAGUUGCCUCACCUAGAAGAGAAAGAAAAACCCAUCUUGGAACAAAGGGUGGAUGAAAAGAAAGACUUAGAAACACAGAAUCCAGGCUCCCUGAUCCCCCGGCCUUUGAGCCAGCAGAAUCCCGAGAAGAGAAUCCACCUCUCGGAACACUGCCGGCUCUACUUUGGGGCGCUGCUGAAAGCCAUCGGCGUGUUGAACGGCAGCCUCAGCAACAGGCAGCCCCCCGAGACCUUCAUCACGCAGAGCAAGCUGAUCAUCAUGGUGGGGCAGAAGCUGGUGGACACGCUCUGCAAGGAGACCCAGGAGAGGGACUUUCGCAACGAGAUCCUCUGUGGCAGCAGCCACCUCUGCAGCCUGCUCAGGAACCUGGCGCUGGCCACCAAGCACGCCGUGCUGGAGUACCCAAGCCCCGCAGCCCUGGGCCAUCUCCAGGCUGAGGCCAGGAAGCUGGAGCAGCACACGCAGCAAUUCAGAGGGACCUUGGAAUGAGCCUCCCCUCCCCUCCUUCCCCGGGCAACCCCUCGGCUUCCAAGGCACACCAACAACCUGCAAGGCUGUCCUACGGGAAAAGCCAGACUGGGGACGCACACAGCAGGUGGCAACAGCCAGAACCAGUAUCACCAAGCAGCCAUGCAACCCCAGGACCCUGGCUUCAUCCCACAGAGUCAGGGAAACGAGUCAGGUGUUAAGCAAAGACCUUGCUAAGUUUGUAGCACAUCCUGUAGGGUCGGCGUGUGAAAUGAGGCUGUAGAAACCAGUUUUUAUAUUGCCUAAAGGUGUGCCUUUUGUAUUUUAUUUUAUUUUGUCUUUUUGGGGCGGCAUCCACAGCACAUGGAGGUUCCCAGGCUAGGGGUCCAUUUAGAGCUACAGCUGCCAGCCUACGCUACAGCCACAGCAACACAGGAUCCGAGCCAUGUCUUCGACCCACACCACAGCUCACGGCAACGCCGGAUCCUUAACCCACUGAUGGAGGCUAGGAAUCAAACCUGUGUCCUCAUGGAUGCUAGUCAGAUUCGUUUCUGCUGAGCAACGACAGGAACUCCCAGGUGUGCCUGUUUUAAAUUCAUUCAUUCAGACCUUAUUUUUUGCGUACCCACACCCUAUGUCAAGUUCUAGGUUUCGGGCAGAGAGCACUGAUUCACACAGCGGCUUUGUCCUCAGGAAGCUUACAAUCUGGUGGAGAGACAGACAAAUAGUGAAGAAAUACAUAGACAGUGUAUUAGGGAAAAAAGUGGGAGGAGGGAGGAAAGCUUCUUUUCAAAUGAUUACUUUCUGCAUCUGCUAGAAAAUGUGACAAGAUUUUCGUCUUGGAUUGAAUUAAUUCCGUGAGAUUGGUGCCAUUUACGUAUCUGCAUCUUACACCCCCCCCAAAAUUUUUUUUGCAAUUGUAUUUUAGCUGAGUUAAAGAAGCAUGCUAUAUUUGCAACGGGACAUGUCCCGUUGGGUUUCUUAUUUAUUUUGUACAUGAUAGGUUCUGUGUUGAUAAAUUCAGCAGACUCAGAAAGAUUUAUACCUCAAUCUGUUACUGUUUAUAAUAUUGUGUAAAUAUCGUCAUGACCUGAGACAUCCUUUGCAGCAAUCUUUUCUCUGGAAAAGUCUCUGAUCUGUGUCACUUGGGCGCAGGUACCAAAGCAAAAUGUUUACUCGUGGCAUUCAAACGCAUCUCCCUGGAGAGGCAGGUGAAGCCAGGUUCACACACGCAAGGCUGCUUGGGAAAAGCAAAGCCAGGAAGUGUGGUAGGAGCAGGGUCCCUAUCGCCAGGCCCAGAUCUGAAAUCGGCCCAGAGCUCCCCCCAAGUCAAACCACCUCCUCUUCCUCUCCGUGCAGCUGGGACUUUAGCUCGCGUUGCUAUGGUUACACCAUCCCCACUUCACACUACAGGUAAAGGUCCAUGUUUUCUAUGGGCAUCUCAGCCACUAAACACCUUCAGAGCCUGGAAGCAGCAUCUCCAGGCUGGAAACCACCUGAAAUGGUACCGGGUCCAGUUCCUAUCUGCUGCUCUGUUCUUAAUAAGUGCUUUUAAGUCGUUGACUGCAAAACGACUCAGUUAUUUUCUCGGAGUCAGUUUCAGGGUCCCUGAAGACAGACCCCAUCUUUGCGAGGCUUGGUUCUCUACACCAGAAUGGAGACAGCCACCUUCUCGGAACAGCCGUGAUCUGUGUCUGUUAGGACUCCUUCUGUUACAAGGAAUCAAAAAACACAUCUAAUCUCUCUUAAGCAAUAAAGAAAAUGUAUUGAUUUAU